AUGCCAACUUUAGAAGCUCCAGAAGAGAGGCUGAGGAAGUUUAAGUACCGAGGCAAAGACGCAUCUAUGAGGCGACAGCAGCGGAUAGCAGUGAGCGUGCAGCUCCGAAAGGCCAAGAAAGAUGAGCAGGUCUUAAAGAGAAGAAAUAUCACCAACCUCUCCCCUGACCCAGCUUCUGAAGAAGGGACCAAAGGGGUCAGCCUCACACUGGAAGAAAUAAUCAAUGGUGUGAAUGCCUCAGAUCCAGACCUAUGUUUCCAGGCCACCCAGGCAGCCAGGAAAAUACUGUCCCGGGAAAAGAACCCUCCUCUAAAACUGAUCGUUGAAGCAGGGCUCAUUCCCAGGCUGGUGGAGUUCCUGAAGUCAUCGCUUCAUCCCUGCCUGCAGUUCGAGGCGGCGUGGGCUCUGACCAACAUCGCUUCAGGAACAUCCGAGCAGACUCGAGCUGUUGUGGAAGGGGGCGCCAUCCAGCCCUUGGUGGAGCUCCUGUCUUCCCCCCACAUGACUGUGUGUGAGCAGGCGGUGUGGGCCCUUGGUAACAUAGCAGGUGACGGCCCAGAAUUCAGAGACUUUGUUAUCUCGAGCAAUGCCAUCCCACGCCUACUGGCCUUGAUUUCAUCAACCAUACCAAUCACAUUUCUGCGGAACAUCACGUGGACCCUGUCCAACCUGUGCAGGAACAAGAACCCGUACCCCUGCCGAAGGGCCGUGAAGCAGAUGCUGCCGGUGCUCUUGCACCUCCUGCAGCACCAGGACAGCGAGGUGCUCUCUGACGCCUGCUGGGCCCUGUCCUACCUCACCGAGGGCUCCAAUGAGCGCAUCGGCCAAGUGGUUGACAUCGGGGUGCUGCCCAGGCUGGUUCAGCUCAUGACCAGCUCCGAACUCAAUGUCCUGACGCCCUCUCUCCGCACUGUGGGGAACAUCGUCACGGGAACCGAUGACCAGACCCAGGUGGCCAUUGACGCGGGCAUACUGACAGUGCUGCCCCAGCUCCUGCUGCACCCCAAGUCCUCCAUCCAGAAGGAGUCAGCCUGGGCCCUGAGCAAUGUGGCUGCGGGGCCGCACCAACACAUCCAGCAGCUGAUUGCUUGCAACAUUCUGCCUCCCUUGGUGGCUCUGCUAAGGAAUGGAGAUUUUAAAGUCCAGAAAGAGGCUGUCUGGACAGUGGCUAACUUUACAACUGGGGGCACCAUGGACCAGUUGAUCCAGCUUGUCCACUCUGGAGUCUUGGAGCCCCUGGUGAAACUGCUCACCAUCCCAGACAUCAAAUUUAUUAUCAUCAUCCUUGACAUCAUCUCUUUUCUCCUCCAGGCAGCAGCGAAGCUUUCCGAGAAGGAAAACCUGUGUCUUCUGAUCGAGGAACUUGGUGGGGUUGAUAGAAUCAAGGCUUUGCAGUUCCACGAGAAUCAUCAUGUUGCGCUGACUGCUCUGAGCAUCAUUGAGAACUACUUUCCUGAGGAAGAAGAAAAUUGCACAAUAUUACGAUCCUUGGACCAAGAUCAUGAAUUCUUAAAGCAGUUAACAUAG